AUGACCAGCUGGGCUCUGCUGGUGCUGAUGGUCCUGACGUUGGGCAGGACCCUGCCUGUCCCAGCAACCCCUAUCCCAGCCUUCCAGCUCCUCCCUGAGAACUUUCCCCAGGCUACUCCCUGCCCUGUGACCUCGGAGAGCCCCUCAGCCAGCACCACAGGCCUCUCUGCUGCUUGGGGCCACCCCAGCCCUGGCCCCCGCCCUGGUCCCCACAUCACCCUAUCGCUGGACGUACCCCUUGGCCUCCUGCAGAUUUUACUGGAGCAGGCCCAGGCCAGGGCUGCGCGGGAGCAAGCUGCUGCCAACGCCCGCAUCCUGGCCCACAUUGGCCGCCGCUGA